AUCUGCAAGGUCGUAGGUCGGGCAAGAGGUUGAUUCUCCCUGGGCUUUGGCUAGAUCACCGAGACGAGCUCAUGUACAUGUAGUCAAAUCUGGAUAAAACAGCCCAUGGGGAUGGCAAUGCAAGGUGGAAUCGAAUCAAUCUGUAGCCUAGCUAGACUAUUAGUAGCUUGCUCGACUCGACUCGACUCUGGUGGGUGGUACCUGGUACCAUGUACUCUACUCACCUCUGAAAGCAGGCCGCCUCGUCCUUGGGAAGGAUGCAGGAAAAGGGUUCUGGAAAUGAAUCGAUUCGAUUCGAAUCAGCUAUCAAAUCUCAAUCGAACGGUACUGGUACUACCGCGCUGUGUAUGUGCGAAUGUGCGAAUAGGAAUGACUGAAGAGCUCUGAAGAGGUGAUACGAACGCAUCAUUAGUUAAUGCGAUCGUACAAGGUACAAUGAGGAUUUAAAGGAUCUAGUCAGAGAUUCGAUCAAUAAACCUCAAAGUCUCUAUUGAACCAUGAUUGGGAAGCCCAAUGACCUUAUUAAGCUUUUUGUGAUAUAAAGAAUAAUCCAUGGGUUCUUCUUGUUCAAAAAGUAGCGAUUCUACUGCGCCCUGGGUCAUUGACAGCAACAAGGAGAUUUAAUAGUCGUGGCUUUACUCCAGUGGAAAAUAAAUAUACUAUUUACUGGUACACUGGUACUAUUAAUAGUGCUCAGUACUCUAUAGAGUACCGGUACUCCAGUACACGAGAACUCCUGGGACUCCCACUCAGUAGUUAUUAAUACAUGUAAUUCUUAAUACUAGAGAAGUACCUGGUUACCUGGUACCAGGUAGAGGCCGGCCUAGCCAUACAUGUAGCUACAAAUGUAGCUACAAGUCCGUAGCAAGCCAAUAAUAUGAAGGCGCGAUACCGCUACAAUGUACACGUAGUACUACUAGCUAGUAAACGAUAAGGGCAUUCCCGGCGAGAUUGGACAUCUUUGUCGCGGUACAUGCGCUACUAUGCAUAGUACAUACCGGUACGUACAUAUAUGUCAUCCGUGGAUUAGCUACUACAGUAUGACUUGUAGUACAUACAUGCACCACUGCACCGCAUGCAUCUUCCAUCAGCGAUUGGUACCAAGCACAGCAACAGCAACACUGCUCAAGCAGACAAAAAUCACCCGCAGCGAAGGCCGCUCGAGAAGUGUGUGAUUAGACCCGUAUUUGCUGGCUGUCGAAGGAACAGGAGAGAAGACCAGGGAGGACCAAGGAGAAGCACUGCUCUUUCAGAUACCCUACCCUCGUCUCAUUAUCUCGUCUCUAUCCCUUAGAGCACAUCCAUCAAGAAGCCUAACCUUGUAGAUCGUUACCAUGGGCCGGUUAACUCUCUUUUCUGUGGAUGAUUGUGUGCAUUGCGUCCGUUUGACGCAAGCGCUGAAGGACCACGAGAUACCCUACACAGAGAUCUCGUUGGCCACGCAUCCCCAUCGACGCCCCGACAUGCUGAGCAUCACGGAUCGCUUGACGGUACCUCAAGUGUUCUUCAACGAGACUCACAUUGGUGGAGCUGACGAUACCUUCAAGGUACUGGAGAAGUGGUAUCACAUGGACCCAAGCAAAUCGAUCAGAGCUCAGUUUCACGAACUCGUCGCAGCGCAACCAGAUCCCACGGAUCCUCGUCUGGCACCCUCUACGGAUGCUCCUGCCCAACCAUCCAAGGCACCCACCAGGCCCCAAACAGACAAGCUCAAGUUACCCGACGGAUCGUAUUCCAGUGUUAUCUCGGUCAUGGAAAAACUCAAGAAGAUUCUACCCUGUUCCUCCUGCAAGAGCAAACGCGUCAUUUACAAACGCAGCUUUACGGGGGAGGAAGCGACCAAGGUAUUCUUGAAAGACUUCAAACAAAUCACCACGGAAGAGGAAGCGAUUCGGUUUGGAGAGUACCUGCGACGGGCAUCGAUUCUGCAUUCUCUCGUCGACGAUACCACCGAAUUCACUGCUUCGCACAAAACAAUCUACCGACUUCAGUGCUUUAUGACACCCAACAUUCUCAACACAUAUCGAGUCUGGAACACGGUCGUGGACCACGAUUACAUGGCCAUUCUAGGACGGCUCAAAGUCAUGCUGGACAAGGUCGAAAAGGACAGCAACAGCAAAACCAACAGCAAGAGUAUGACAAGCAAGAGUAUGGCAGUCUUUGAAGAAGCCGUUUGUGAACUUCAACGAGUCGAUCUCUCCCAACUGGAUACCCCUUCCUCGCUCAAAGCAUUCGGCAUUAACGUGUACAAUCUCAUGAUCAAAUACGCCUUCUUUCGAGUUGGCAUUGGGUCGUCGUCACGGGCACGCAGUGCUUUCUUCAAUGGAGUCAAGUUCCAAAUUGGAUCCGAAGUCUUCAGCUUUCAAGAUUGGGAGCACGGCUUGCUUCGUGCCAAUCGAAAGGCACCCUACAGUAUGAAGCACCAGUUUGGGCGCAAAGAUCCAAGACUGGCCAUGGCAUUGCCCAAUGUCGACUGUCGACUCCAUUUCGCCCUAAAUUGCGGCGCAAAGAGUUGUCCCCCUCAGCGAACGUUUACGGCUGAUGGCGUUGAAGAAGAAUUGCGCAUCGUGUCAAUGGCGUUCUGUGAAGACGACAGCAAUGUGGAGAUUGAUGCCAAGCGGCGGAUACUCUAUCUCAACAAGAUUAUGAGUUGGUAUCGAGUGGAUUUCUGUGAUUCGGAAAAGGAGCUGCCUGGCAAGUUGCUCGAGUACUUGCGGGGAGAAAAACGAGAAACACUGGAACGACUGCUGCAGAGUCGAAAGCCCAUUACAGUGUCCUACAAAACGUACGAUUGGAGCAACGAUGGUGACUUUGCUGCCUUUGACAGUGCCGUUCUAAGAGCCGAUGUUCAGCGGUUGAUGGGGUCAUUGAAGUUCAAAAUCAAGAGAAAGAAGAGCAAUGUCGGCUUGCCUGUGCUGGGAGAAUCAACAGAGAGAUCAUGUACAGAACGUUCCUCCGGUGAAAUCGCAUCGUCCCUCUUAACGCCUUGUUUUAAUUGAAUUGAACUAAACUAUUGUUGUAUACUAGUGACCAUCAUACUCUGUCCUUGCUACCGGUGC